AAAUAGCAAACAAUUUUAUGGAUAAGAUGAAGUUCUGUGGGGAAUUGGUAACAACCGAGAGGAUGAAGAUAAGUCGUUUUUAUGGCGUGUUAAAGGCAGAAGUUAGAGAGUUCAUCACUCCCUCAAAAUGUGAAACUCUUGAAGAGCUCAUUGAUUUAGCGCGGGAUAGAGAGAUCGAAAUUAAAAGGCAAGAGGAGCGAGGUGAAAAGAGGCCAAGUGAAAAAGGUGCAAGUUUUAGUCCAUCCAAAAAGGGGAAGUUUCAGGAUCAAGGAAGAAAGGGUAAGUCGAAAGGUGGGAUUACACCAUGCAAGACGUGUGGAAAGCUUCAUACCGGAGAGUGUUUGCUAGGUAAGAAGGGGUGCUUUAAAUGCGGUAAGGAGGGGCAUUCGUCCUAUCAAUGCCCGGACAACCCAAAGACUUGUUUCAACUGUUUCGAAAAAGGGCAUAUCAAGUCGGAAUGUCCAAAGCUUCAACAAGGGUCAAAGAAAGAAGAUAAGAAGCAAGAGGGUUCUAGGGCAAAGGGGAGAAUGUUUCAGAUCACGUCUGAAGAAGCCAAGUCCCAACCAAAUGUGGUUUCAGGCGUGAAGGAAGAAAGCUCUAACACUAGUCAAGCGGGAGGUGUACAAGAUCGAGGUAAAGCACCUCUAUAGGCGAUAUGGAGAUAUGGAACGAGCACAUGUUCAAGCCUUAUAAUACCAAGCGCUUCCGCAACUUAUAUGCAUGUUUUUGGGUUCUUGUUUUGUUACUUGGUUAAACUUUGUCAAAUUGUUUUAGGUUUGAAAAUUAGUUAUUUUCGUUGGAAUGGUUUUAUGUAAAAUGGGUCGUAUGUAAACGUUGUAUGUUAUGUCAAAACAGGGGGUAUGUCCGUUUUGCAAACGGGUCAUGCCCAAUUUUUGUAAAAAUUUCUUUAAGUGUUAAAGUGGUAUUUUAAUUGUCCGAAAAA